AUGCUGUCUCCACAGUUGUUUCACAAAAUCUUAGGAGCAGUGUUUUUCCUGCUCCCGUGCUGUCUGGUUUUGCUCAUAGGUUUCCUACCACUGGUUGAUGAUGAAAUGGAAGAAGUUAUCCGCCAAAUAGAACAUCAGAUUUCCAAACUUGAAGGAGUCCUCCGCUUGGAAAACAUGGUAACAGCGUCUGGAGGAAAAAUAUUUGCUACCAAUGGGGAAAAAGCUGAUUUCCAUACUACACUGAAAAAAUGCGAAGAGGCUGGAGGGUCUGUUGCCACUCCAAGGAACCCAGGCGAGAAUUUUGCCAUUCUGUACUUUGUGAAAAAAUUUAAUAGCUAUGCCUACCUGGGGAUAAAGAAAUCUCCAAUUCCAAGUAAAUUCCAGUUCCUGGAUGGCAUACAACUGAGCUAUACUAACUGGCAUUCAAAUGAACCUUCUGGCAAAGGGGAAGAGGAAUGUGUGGAGAUGUACACUGAUGGCACUUGGAAUGACAAAAGGUGCAACCAGAAUCGCCUUAUUGUCUGUCAGUUUUAG